AUAAAAUAUUGUCGACAUUGACCUCGCUCUUGACGUUCUUGUUCAACCUCCAUCGUCCGGAAUAUCCACUUUGCUCCAUCUCCAGACAUGGAUUUUUGAUCCUCUACUCACUCCGCAAUCUCCUGAUCGCGUCUACCCCCUCCUCAUCGUCCUCAUCGCAAGUUUUUCGUCGCUCGUUCCGAUUAUCGGUGGGGUCCUUUGAGCUGUUCUUUCGGAAUAAAACAACAGCACAACAACAAUGGUUAGAAAUAUCGUCGUUAUCGGGGGCACGUCCCAUCCGCAGCUCACACAAACGAUUUGCAAUCAUCUCGGCAUUCCGCAGGCCAAUGUCCUGCUCUCCAAGUUUGCCGUCGGAGAGACUCGAGUUGAGAUUCAAGAGUCGGUGAGAGAGAAGGAUGUCUACAUCAUUCAGUCUGGCGGGGGGAAAGUAAACGAUCAUCUACUGGAGCUUCUGAUCACCAUAUCCGCUUGCAAAACGGCUUCCGCCAAAAGAGUUACUGCCGUACUACCCUUGUUUCCGUAUUCUCGGCAAAGCGAUAUUCCCUACAAAAAGAGCGGAGCUCCAUUGGUCAAGUCCUCGGCUCACAACCAAUUCACAUUUGACAGCACUCCCUCGACUCCUCACCCGGGGAAAGUAGAGAGCCAAGGAAUGAACAACGAUGUCGAAAGCCUUCAGAAGAGCCUCGCAAGAGCUCAAAUAGAAUCAGAGAGCAAUGGCUCGCCUGUCAAACAGCGACCCAUCGCAAACGGUGGUAAACGAAGUGACACUCUCGAGUCCGCUCGCUCAGAGUCCAGCCUUGCCAACGGCGUGAACAACGAUGAGACAGCCAGCGUAUCUAGUGGUAGCCUUGCCAAGGUCUCCGAGUUUGAACCUCGGCCUGGUUAUCGGCAAUGGGUUGCUCAGGCAGGCACUCUGAUCGCAGACCUCCUGACUUGUGCAGGUGCUGAUCACAUUAUUACCAUGGACUUGCACGAUCCCCAAUAUCAGGGUUUCUUCGACAUUCCCGUGGACAAUCUUUACGGCCGACCGCUGCUCAAGAGAUAUAUUCAGCGUCACAUUCCUGACUACAAAAAUUGCAUUAUAGUCAGCCCUGAUGCUGGUGGCGCAAAGCGAGCAACUGCCAUUGCGGACUCAAUGGGUGUUGAGUUCGCACUUAUACACAAAGAACGCCGACCUACGAGAAUAUCUGACAGGCAAAAUGCUACGAUGAUGCUUGUCGGAGAUGUACGAGAUCGAACGGCUAUUCUUAUUGAUGACCUGGCUGAUACAUCGAAUACUAUCACCCGAGCAGCCAAACUACUCAAGAAAGAGGGUGCUGCCAAAGUUUACGCUCUCGUUACCCAUGGUAUUUUGAGUGGCGAUGCUAUAGAACGUAUCAAUGCUAGCGCUUUGGACAAGGUGGUAGUAACGAAUACCGUGGACCAGACUGAGCAUUGCAAGCGAUGCCCUAAGCUUGAGGUUCUUGAAGUCGGUAACGUUUUUGCUGAGGCUAUUCGACGUGUCCACCACGGCGAGAGUAUCAGCGUUCUGUUCCAGUACGACUAAUGUCUCCGUUGCCGUGUCAUCUCCGGUGGUGUUUGAUCGCAUAUAUUUGACUCCCUAGAAUCAGUGUUGAUGCUCCAUUUCCUUCCAACUUUCUUCACUUUGAUUAUCUCGGGAGGAAAGCAAACCCAAAACCCUAUAUUUUCAUAACCAAGUGCUGGUUUUUUUCAUCUCUUGUUUCUUGUUUCGUAUUCAGGGGUCGUCAUUCAUGAUUGCAUUUUGCUUUUUCAGAAUAAUAACACAAACCAAGCAGCGAGAAUACAUGUAGACAAAAAAAUCUCGUCUGUUAUGUACAAGUAUAUGCUCAAGCAAGAUUUUGUCUUGCGAAAUUUAGAGAAUCUGAUUCAAGAUCGUACAUGAUGUUGUCCUUUUAAGAAUACGCUGGUCCUAUAUUUUAGAUAAAACUUGUCAUGAAUCGAACAUUCGAAACUCAUCUUCAAAUAAAUAACUAAGUUCAUGGUCGCCAAAACAUUUACUUGCACACAAAAGAAUCAUAACGCCGGAAAAGGGUGAACUGAACGGUAAAACAGGGGAAACCAUCAAAUCGGAAAUCAGAAUUAGAAAACAGAAAUAUAGUUUCCUAUUCGUUCCUUUUGAUGUUGCGCAAUACACUCUGCGAUCCAAGUGAUAUUGCGAA